ACGUCUGGCAUCUGGCAGCGCUUUCUUUUUAACACGUGCGGUUUGUUUAGGUUUCGUGUUUCAUACUGCCGCUAAUUUUGCAAAGAAAAUAAGUAAUUGCCAUGGUUUUCUUUACCUGUAAUCAUUGUGGCGAAUCUGUGAAAAAGCCAGCUGUUGAGAAACACUACAACACAAAAUGUCGAGGUGCAACAAAAAAUGUAUCCUGCAUGGAUUGCCUUAAAGACUUCCAUGCAGAGGAGUAUGUAGCGCACACCAAAUGCAUAACAGAGGCCCAAAAGUACUCGGGUAAAGAUUACGUCCAUAAAGAGCCUAAAAAUAGUGGAGCAAAAAAACAGGAAAGUUGGAUGGACAUUAUACGUGCGAUACUCGAUUCAGACGAUUACAAAUUGAGCGAACAUGCACGUAGCGCAUUCCAACGGUUACAGAGUGUGGACAACGUACCACGAAAAAAGGCGAAAUUCCAAAAUUUUGUAAAAAACUGCAUGAAAAUGCCAAUGCGUUUGGCGGAGGAAGUUUGGAGCGUGCUUGAAAAGGAGCAGGAAAAGAUGAAGUCUACGAAGCAACAAGAAAAUGUGACGCCUGUUGAAGAUAGACCAUAUCAAAAUGGAGUAAAACGCGAUACAUCUAUAGAGAAUGGACAUGUGGAGACCGCCAAGAAGAACUCAAAAAAAGAUAAGAAAACCAAAAAUAACGAAGGAGAAGUGGUCGACGAUGCAGCUAGUGAAUGUGCUGAGCAAGCUAAAAAGAAAUCGAAGAAAAAUAAAGCCAAUGAAGCUGAAGUUGCAACUUUAGGUGAUAUUAAUGGAAAUGAGCAACCUCCGAAGAAAAAAUCAAAGAAAGCAAAGACUGAAACAGAAGAACUGAUUAUAGGAGCAUUGGAGACAAACGAAGAUGGUGGCGAUGCCCCCAAAGAGAUCGGACAGGAGGAGACAGCCAAGAAGAAAUCGAAAAAGAAUAAGAAAGCCAACAAAACAGAAGUGGUCAACAAUUUAGCUAAUGAGUAUGCUAAGCCAGCUAAAAAGAAGAAUAAAGCAAAUGCAUCUGAAGCUUUAACUGUAGCUGAUAUUAAUACAAAAGAUGCUCCUCCAAAAAAGAAAUUAAAGAAAGCAGAGUCUAAAACAGAAGAAGUAAUUCCAGCUGAUGACUUGAAUACAGAUACAACAUUAGGGGCAAACGGAGAUGGUGGCGAUGCAUUUGAAUGGAGCGCGGUUAUUGACAAAAUCGCGCGAAAGAAUGCGGAAGGAAUUACUGUGGAAAAAUUAAAGAAACAUGUACUGAAAAAAUAUGUUUCUAAACUUGGUGUCGAAGAGCUAACGGAGAAACAACAGAAAAAAUUUGAGAAAAAGUUUGGGAAGAAUUUGAAGAAGUCUUCAUGCCUGCAGCUUGAAGGCGAGACCGUCAAAGCGUGUUGAUGUCAGAAAAACUCGAUUAUUUUCCAACUGUUACAAAGUAAAUGUAAUUUUUAAAAAUUUUAAGUGAACACGGACUAGAGCUAAGUAUUUUGUAUUUUUAAAGAAUUAAUGUCCAAAAACGCAAUUACAUUUGAUAUGUAAUAAAGAACUUUUGCAUAUUUAC